AUGGGUUACCAGAUGCUAUGGGCUAUAGUGGACAAGCUCACUAAAGUAGCGCAUUUCAUUUCGAGGAAGUCCACGUAUUCAAUGAAAGAGGUAGUGAGAUUGUAUGGGGUGCCAGUGUCGACUAGUUUGCCUAUAAUAACAGUUAUCAGGCUACCAUUGGCAUGUCACCAUUUGAAGCUCUGUAUAGUAAGGGUUGCAGGUCUCCUAUUUGCUGGGGUGAGAUUAGUGAGUGAAAGUUGGUGGGGAACUGAGCUAGUACAGAUGACAAAUGAAUCCAUGCAAAAGAUUAGGGACCGAAUGUUAACAGCGCAGAGUAGACAGAAACGUUACGCCGAUGUUAGGCAUAACGAUCUUGAGUUCGAGGCGGGUGAUAAAAUGUUUUUGAAUGUAGCACCUAUGAAAGGUGUUCUGAGGUUUGGAAGGAAGGGAAAGCUAAGUUCGCAUGUUGUUGGGCCAUUCGAGGUCUUGAAGCGAAUUGGCCAUGUGGCCUAUCGGUUGGCUUUUGUACUGUCUCUCACGGCGGUCCAUAAUGUUUUUCAUGUCUCCAUGUUGAGGAAGUAUGUGAUAGAUCCAUUCCACGUGGUAUAUUUUGAGCCCUUACAGCUGAAUGAAAACUUGAGUUAUGAGGAGAAACCUAUCCAAAUCCUAGCUAGAGAGGUGAAGACUUUGUGUAAUCGUGAGGUGACACUAGUAAAGGUUUUAUGGUAG